UUUGGUCCAUUAGCGCUCGCUUUAGGGUUGCUAAUAAGCCUUCGAGGUGAUGGUUCGGCUGAUUGUGCAUUUGUGCUUGGGUUGGGUGAGAACAGAUUUCUUCCGCCGCCGGCAUCGGCCAUCUCUAAUUCUCGCCGUCUUCUACCCGCUGAAAUAUGUCUGGAAAAAAGAAGAAUAGGGAGCCUAAAGAGGAAACUGUGACGCUGGGACCGAAAGUGCGCGAUGGUGAGAUCGUGUUUGGUGUUGCUCACAUCUUUGCUUCGUUCAACGAUACCUUUAUUCACGUCACUGACUUGUCUGGGAGAGAAACACUAGUGCGUAUCACAGGUGGCAUGAAAGUCAAAGCUGACAGGGAUGAAUCAUCUCCCUAUGCUGCUAUGCUUGCUGCACAAGAUGUUGCACUGCGUUGCAAGGAGCUUGGUAUUUCUGCGUUGCAUAUUAAGCUCAGGGCCACGGGUGGGAACAAGACAAAGACUCCUGGUCCUGGUGCCCAAUCUGCCCUUAGGGCACUUGCACGAUCAGGAAUGAAAAUUGGGCGCAUUGAGGAUGUGACCCCAAUUCCCACCGACAGCACCCGUAGAAAGGGAGGCAGGAGAGGGAGGAGGCUGUAGUUGCUUUGCAUCUAUUUUGUGGGUCUCCAUCUUUCAUAUAAAUUGCGAGAGAGAUCUUCAGUUUGCAUGAAUUUUCUGGUUAAAGUUGGCUUAUGCUUUGUUUUAGUUGUGAAAUCAGUUGAAUUCUCAAACCAUUUCUUCAAAGAGUAACACUACAUUUUGCAAAAAAUUUAUACCAAGUAUUAUUUUGAUGUCUUUUUUAUGAGUAUACCAAUUAAAUUUGGCUGUUUAACUUUUAUUU